AUGGGUUUCGAUGGUAUGAUACUGAAAUCGGUGCUAGAGUCGUUUGUUGACGACAUUGCUGAGGAGUCCACUGAGUUGAUUCUGGAGCGACCGCGCUACGCUUACGCCGUCGUCGUCAUCGCCGAUGAUCAUGAAAUGUGCGAGGCAAGCUGUGUUCGACAACUUGACGUUGAAAUCUUCCAAACGCAGAACUCCACUGUAGAUUCCGAAUACUACGAUCCGAAAAUCGAGCGUGCCUUACGUGAGCUUACCGAAUCGCGAGAUCUGCUCUGUGCCUCGGAAUCGAGUCUGGAGUUUCCGUCGAUGACACGACCACGGAACUAA